AUGAACGAUAGCGAACAAUUAAAUAUUAUUUCAACAAAUUUAUGUCAAUUAAAUUCAACACUUUUACGUAAAGCAAUUGUUACCAGUUUGGGUUACAUUAAUUUUGGUGAUAUUUUACGAAUGUUUGGUCGUGUUAUGGUUCAACUUGGACAUCCAGAUGUAUUCACUAAUAUUGGUAAUAUGGUUGAUUCUCUUGGACGUAUGCAAGAAUUUCAACAAUUUUUACCCACAAAUUUUACAUCAUUAGCAAAAUUGUUACCAGAAAUAUUACCUUUAUUUCAAAGCAUCAAUUCAUCAUUUAUCGAUUUCAAUUUAAUUCAACAAGUGAUUGAAAUCAUUGACCCAGCAAUGGAUGGUGUUACACCACAAUGGUCCACAAUUAAACGUCUAUCAAUGCAUGUCUCAACAUUAUUAAAAUUAAUACAAGAUAAGAUGUUAAAACGACAACCAAUUAAAAAUUCAACAGAUAAUAUUGCUGAUUUAUAUCAAAAUUUACGUAUGGAUAUAUUAAUGUUACAAUUAGGUGCAAAACAACAAGCAAACAUUACCGAAAAUGAUCUUCGUAUGCAGUUAGAUGCCGAGCCAAAAAUGACAACUAAAGAAAUAUUAGGUUUAAGUUGGAAAAUUGCAAAUAAUACGGGUUCAAUAUUGGAUGAUAUUGUUAUUGAAAAUAAUACUGAACCACUUAUGUUAGUUGCCAAAGUUUUAGAUGAAGUCAAAUUAAUAUUGCCAUUUUUUAAUUUAUUUAAAGAAAAAACUGUGAUAUUUAACAAUAUUUUAAGUUUGGUUAAUGAUUUAUUAAUUAUUUCAACAGAGGGUAAAGAUAUUGUUUAUCGUUUAUCUGAAAAACACAGUGAUGCCUUAAAUGUGAUAGUUCGUUUGGGACCAAACGCUUUUAAUAAUUUAUCUAAAUCGUUACAAGAUCCUGAUAAAGUUAAUGUACUCUUAUCAAAUCUAAAUUCCACGUACGAUUUAUUUUGUUCGGAUGAAAAUAUAAUGGAAUUAUUUGGAGUUACCGAAUAUACACAAAUUGAAAAUAUCAAAUUCGAUGUAUGUUCUAGUACAUGGUUAAAAUUUGUUGAAGAUAUUAUAUCGGAAUUAGGAUUUUUAGAAAUUGAUGAAUUAUUAAAAAAUUUAAAUCGUAAAAGCAGUGAUAUGACAAUCGAUUAUUAUAAUGAUUGGUCGAGUGAUAGUUUUUAUCGUUUAUAUUUAAAUGGAAAGAAAAUUUUUGAUUAUAUUGCACAAAGUAUUAAUGAUGACGUAACAACACAUCAAUUGGAUUGGACAAAAUUGAAUAGGAAUUUUUCAUCUGAAGAAUGGCAGCCACUUAUUUCAGAUAAAGAACAAGAUUUCGUAUUACAAACAAUUCGACUAAAAUUAAUACAAAAUGGGAUUGAAAAUUUAAACGUUUCCCAAGAGAAUGUUAAUUUGGGCUUAGUCAUAAUUGAAAAUCUUCUGGACGAUCUACAACAAAAAUUAAAAAUUUUAUUUGUUAAGAACGAUACCGAAGUUUACGAUAUUUUGGAGCCAAUGAUUUUGGAGAAUAUAAAUGCAAGUGGUGUAGCUGAAAAACAAAAUUAUUUAUGGAAGCGGUUAUUAAUACAAGAGAAAAAUUUAUACACGGUUGUAAGAUAUUUAUUUCAACAUAAAAUUAAAAUGUUCAAUUUUGUUAACUAUGAACAUUUCCAAGAUUCAUUUCAACAAUAUUGGAGCUCAAAUAUUGAUCUUCAAACUGGAUUCGAAUUAUGUAUUCAAACAAUUACGAAGCUUUUAGAAUUUAUCGAUAUUAAAUUCGAUUCUGUUAAUCCAAAUAUUGUAUGGGCACGAUUGAAAUCAUUUAUCUUGUCAUUAAAUGAAAUUUUGGCAUAUUUUGAUGAUAUUUUAAAUAAAGCUAUUGAGAAUGAAAAAGUUGAUAUGUCUGAUAUUUUCCAUGAAAAUUUACCAAAAACACAAGCAGUUUUUACCUCAUUAAUUGUAAAUUUACCUGUGAUAAUUAACGAUUUUGGUAAAUCACUAAUCGAUUUUGAUCCAAAUACAGAAGAAAUCGAUAUUUUUAUGCAACAAAUACCUGGAUGGCCAUGUUCAAAAAUAAGUUUAGCAGAUUUAUUUAAAUUGGAAAAUCAAUCAGCAACAGUUAUUCGUGAAUUUGAAGUAUCAGUCUGUGAUAACACAAUUUUAAAUGAAAUUAAAAAUAGUAAAAUCUUUUCAAAAAUUUUAAAAAUGUGGAAAAUUUUUGAUCAUCAUAACGUUCUAACCGAUUGGCGAAAAGUAUCAGAAUUAUUUCAUGAUAUUAUAAUGAAAACGGAAGAAAUUAAAAAUGGUCCUAAAGUUAAAUUAUUCACGGAUAUUCCAGAAUUUGAUGAAAAUAAAAUUGUAACUGUUUGGAAUUCCACAUCAAUAAAAUACCAUAAUUUACAUCCAGAUAUGGAAUUUUAUCGAAAAAAUUUACAAAUUUUGGAUGCAAUGUUUAAUAAAGCACCAAAACCAACAAUACCAUUAAGCGAAAUUGAAAAUAAUUAUGUUACUUGUACCGAUGCUAUCGAAGAGGGCAAUCCGACUGAUGAAAAUUGUGAUGAAACUUUAUAUAAUGAUAUUAAAAAUAAUUUACCAAUGAAUUUAUUAAGAUUUUUCCCAACUGUGAUAGUACAAGUAAAUAAUUACCUAAGCACGUAUUUAGAAGAAUUAUCAACGAAUAAUGCCACAAUCUUGCAAGUAAUGGGUUUUACAAGAACCUCAGGUCCACAAUUAUUUUACGAGUAUUUAACAGAUUAUAUUCUAAUUUUUGUACACUCAUUUCAACAACCUGCCUACCAAAAUAUAUUUAAACGAUCUCAAUCAAUAAGUUGUAAGAAAAUUUUUAAAUAUUUAACGAUACCUGAAGGCAAUCCACUUACAAUGAAUGAUAUUUAUCGAUUGGGAAAUUAUUCCUGUUUAAAUUUUCUACAUGUUGAAGUUAUGGAAGAAAAUUUGAUAUUAUUAGCGGGUCAAGUUCCACAAAUACUUUACUAUGAAACAUAUGAUACUUACAAUAGAACAUACGAAGAUGUUGCCGAUAGUGUGAUAAAAAUUAAUGAUUUGGCAAAAAACCUACAGGAAAAUAAUAUGGUGCAACAAACACUAUUUGUUCCAGAAUGGACGGAAAAAUUAAAAAAUGCCGGUUAUUACAUAUUAAAUGAUGUUAGUUAUUCAACCGAUUCUUCUGUCAUGAAUAUAUUGAACUAUUAUUAUCAAAACACAACCUGGUUUGAGUAUUUAAUAACUGUAGUUGAUUCCAUGCAAAAAUUAUCAAAUUCAAUUCAAUCUGAAAUAGAAAAUGAAAAUUCAACAUCAUUAGAAGUGACUUCCACGAUUGCAGCUGAUAGAAAUCAAAUUAAUAGUUUUCGAGUACUUGGAUAUAAUUUACAAACAUUCAUCAUUGAACAAUUUAUAUUACGUGAUGAUUGUAAUGUAACUAAUAAUCAAAAACAGAAUAAAAUCUUUUUAAAUGAAUCAAAAUUAAUUUGUUCAUUUGAUUUAAGUGGUAUUCGCAAAGAUUUAGGAUAUUAUUAUGGGAAUGAAACAAAAUUAUACUUGAAUGAUUUUAUAAUAGAAACAGCAUUUCAAGAUAUAAUUCGAACAAUCAUCCACCUUGUGAAAGAUGGUGAAAAUUCAAAACUAUAUUUGUCAAGUUUAGCAUUAUGGCAAAAAGUAUUAUACAAAUUAAUACCAGAUAUGGACAAAAUUCAAACAGAAAAAUUUGCAUCCUAUUUAUACGAUACUUAUAAAACACAUAACAUAUCUGAUAAAUUAUUAAAAUCAAUCGAUGACAAUCAUCAAUUAUAUGUAUCAACGUUAAAUGGUUUUAAAGGCGAUAUGCAUUUCGAAGAACCAAAUAUCAAUACAAAAUCAGCAGUCGAAUUAAAAAAGAGUGAUUUUGAGAAACAUGUAGUUCAAUUACAAGAAUCUUUACUAUUCAUAUUAAAGAAUCCAAAAUUGUUAUCAUUCUUUAAUACAAGCAUCACUACUGAUAAUUUUGGUAAUGAAACGCAAGCUGUUGACAAAGGAAUUGAAAUUUUCCAUUCAGUUACACAACAAAUUAAUUAUUUAUUGGAUUUGAGUGUCUAUAUACACAAAGAUGACGAGGAAUGUAAAUGGUGCCGUAUUGCAACAACAAUUACCAAAGAAGCCACAUAUCAAAUAUCACAUUUUCGACGUUAUGUGAUGUUAGUAUGCCAACUAAAAGAUAUUCAAUUUAACGAUUUAUAUAACAUGUUACUAAAUGAAUUUAAAUGGAAAGAUAUACCAAAAAAAUUAGCUGAUCAAAAAACACAAUACAAUUUUGUUGAUUUUACAACAGCAAUACGUGAUUUCUUUGCAACAACUAGUGUACAAAUAACAUUAGCACAAAGUACUGGACUAUUUGAUCAACUUACAGAAUGUGCCAAAGAUUUAGGGAAUACAGCAAGUGUUAAAAAUAUGAAAAUCUAUUUUAAAUUAUUUAUGGAUGUUUUGAAAUUUAUGGGUUCAUCUAGUGAACAUAUUAAUGAGUUAAUGUCAUUAGAGAAAAAGAUAACACCAAUGUUUACUUAUUUACAAGAUAAAAUUCAAGUUGUGCAGCCAAUGAACGUGAUUGUAAUCGAUACAUACCCGAAACGAAUUAAAGAAAAUGGAUAUUCUGAUGCUGAUAUUACAAAAAUUUUAAACACUAACGUUUACGUGAAUCGUUUAUUGGAUGUUAAUGAAACCCAAAAUACCGGCGAAUACGAAAAACUAUUAAAAGCUGAUACAAUUAUUCCAUAUAAAAUUGGAAAUCAUUCUGAUUAUCGUCAAGUAAUGAUCGAAGAAAUUAAUUGGAAAUUAAUCGAUCAACAAUUAUCUAAAUGGCAACAUGAUCGUAUAUGGAAUUUUGAAUGGCUUUCAGAUAUUUUAGAUAAAUUUGAUGAAAUAUUUGAAAAUGAUUGA